GAUUUAUUUUCUUCCCUUAGUGUGUUAGACUUUUAACCAUUUACUUGAGAAAACGAAUCCCAAUGUAAUUCAAGUGUUUUGCCAUAAAUCUUGUCAUAUUUCUGUUAUUUUCUUACCCUUUUCCUGGGACACUGGGACAGCAAAAAUAAAAAAACCCCGUCUCCCAUUUUGUUUGAAGACUGUGAAUCAAGAUCAUAAUCACCAAAAUGGCAGAUGCAUUGACAGAAGAACAGAUUGCUGAGUUCAAGGAAGCCUUUUGUUUGAUUGACAAAGAUUCUGAUGGUGUAAUCACUAUGGCAGAACUUGCGGCAGCAAUACACUCAUUGAAUGAACAUCCAACGAAGGAAGAAAUUCAAGAAAUGAUGAAUGAAGUUGACAGUGAUGGAGAUGGCAUCAUAGAUUUUGAAGAGUUUUUGGGUAUUAUGGCUAGAAAGAUGAAGGACAAUGUAACAGAGGAGCUAAAAGAAGCUUUCAAAGUUUUCGACAGGGAUCAAGAUGGAUUCAUAUCCGCCAAUGAGUUAAGAGAUGUGAUGAUAAAUUUGGGAGAAAGACUAAGUGAUGAAGAGGCUGAACAAAUGAUAAGAGAAGCUGAUCUGGAUGGAGAUGGUGUAGUCAGCUAUGAUGAAUUUGUGAGGAUGAUGUUGGCUUCAUCUUCUUGAUUUUA